GUAUCCUAUUAGCAGUUAAUUGAGUAGCGUGGCUGGAGAAAAACGCGUGGCUGGAGAAAAACUCGUGGCUGGAGAAAAAUAUUUAAAAAUGGAUAAGAUAAUAAAGGAUAAGGAUGAUAAAAUUAUGAAGCUGCAGGCUCAAUUUUUUCAACAGCACAGAAUCUUAGAUGACAACAAAACUAAGGAUGCUCAAACUUUGUGUCUACAAGCUCAGUUACUGGAAAAUAACAAAUUAGAACUGGACACUUUCAAAACAGUGAAGGAGGUUUUUCCAAACUCAUCCCUAACUGAACGUGAGGAUGAGUUGGCAUUAGGCAAACACAGUCAGUUAUUCAGUCUACCACCUGACAGUGUGUUAAAUUUAAAUUCUGUUAGUGCUGCACAAAAAGAAUCGUUAGUAAUAAGCCCAUGCAGUGAAGGAAGUGAACAAUUGUGGGACCGUAUUUGGGCCGAAAAUGGGUGUGGUACGGAAACCAAGAUAUGGCACAAGUUUAACAUGAAACAUGGAUUAGAAUUUAAUGGGGGAUCAAAUCAAGUCUGGAAGUGUUACAGGAUGGAAGAGUCAGCCUACAGAUGAAAAAACACUGUGUGUAUUACCAUUAAGAUUAAUCCUAGUUUCAGCCAAACAUGAAAUAAUCCAGAGAAGUACCAUCUUGUGUUAAUAAAUCCAGUACAACAGCAACACAGGGCUUUUCGCAGUACCAUUCUAAUCAUUGCGAGGGUAGUUGUAUUCCCUUACUAUUUCGCAUUCACCUACACCCUUAAAAAGGAAAUAUUGGCCUUUUUCUGUUUUACUGCUAUCGCCAUCUAACGGUCACGUUUCUAGUUAAUUCUCUA